AUGGCUAAGGUAUUUGAUCGAAAAGCUGAUGAGAAAUUAGUUUUUGAAACAAGUGAAGAUGUAAAAGUUGUACCUACUUUUGACUCUAUUGGACUAAAAGAAGAUCUGCUUCGAGGAAUAUAUGCUUACAAUUUUGAGAAGCCAUCGGCUAUCCAGCAGAGAGCUAUAGUCCCUAUUAUAAAAGGUCGUGAUGUUAUUGCUCAGGCGCAGUCUGGAACGGGUAAGACUGCUACUUUCUCUAUUUCGAUCCUCCAAUGUAUUGAUACCACUGUGCGGGAGACACAAGCUCUUGUUUUAUCGCCUACAAGGGAACUAGCAACUCAGAUACAAAGUGUGAUCCUGGCUCUUGGAGAUUAUAUGAACGUUCAAUGUCAUGCAUGUAUCGGUGGGACGAGCAUUGGUGAAGACAUUCGUAAGCUCGAUCAUGGUGUUCAUGUAGUAUCGGGGACGCCGGGACGCGUGUUUGAUAUGAUUCGACGCCGCAAUUUGCGUACUCGCAACAUAAAAAUGCUAGUGCUGGACGAGGCUGAUGAGUUACUGAACAGAGGUUUCAAGGAUCAAAUCUAUGAUGUAUACCGAUAUCUCCCGCCAAAUACCCAAGUAGUGUUAUUGAGUGCUACACUGCCAUAUGACGUGCUUGAAAUGACCACUAAGUUCAUGACUGAGCCAAUCCGUAUUCUCGUUAAACGUGAUGAAUUAACGUUGGAAGGGAUCAAGCAAUUCUUUGUGGCCGUGGAGAGAGAAGAAUGGAAGUUCGAUACGUUAUGUGAUUUAUACGACACAUUAACAAUCACUCAAGCUGUCAUAUUCUGCAACACAAGACGGAAGGUUGAUUGGUUGACAGAGAAGAUGCGAGAAGCGAAUUUUACUGUCUCUUCGAUGCAUGGUGAUAUGCCACAAAAGGAACGUGAUGCUAUAAUGCAGGAAUUUCGUCAAGGGGCAAGUCGCGUAUUAAUUACCACAGACGUUUGGGCGCGCGGAAUUGAUGUUCAGCAAGUAUCUCUAGUAAUAAAUUACGAUUUACCUGCCAACCGCGAAUUAUAUAUUCACCGUAUUGGUAGGUCUGGACGUUUCGGGCGAAAAGGUGUCGCCAUUAACUUUGUGACAUCGGAAGACGUUCGCAUACUUCGUGAUAUUGAACAAUACUAUAGCACCCAAAUUGACGAGAUGCCGAUGAACGUAUCCGAUCUGCUUUAA